UAAUGAAAAUUUUUCACAAUAAAAUAUUAAUAAUUUUUUGUUGCUUAAAAUUAUCUCGAAAUAUUUCUAAUUUAAUUCUAUUUUCUAUUAAUUAAUUACAGGAAUAUUAAAUAUAUAAUGUCAUGCCUGAAGAUAUGCAACAGUCCUUACAUCGUUGUACGUGGGUAUGAAUGUUAGCCUAUAUAAAGGGGUUACAGAAAUAUCUUUUAUUUAGAUAGCAUUGUCAAUCUACAUCAGCGACGUACGAAGCGUAGCCUAUCUGCAGGUGCAAUAAUUAAUAUACGUAUAAUUAAUUACGUAUAAGAAAAAAAAAAAAAGAAAGAAAAACAUAAGUUUUACGAUAUGUUACGAAAUUAGUAUUUAAAAAAAGUUUGAAAAAAUUAUUAACCUAAAUGUAUGCACCGACCAAUACGAGAUAAAGGAAAAACUCCGAGUAAAUAAUUCUUUCAAAAAAACUUAUCGAUACGUAAUCAUUAUUUUGUUUCUGUUUAGAUGUUCUAUUUUCUUUUUUUUUCUUUUUCUCCUUUUUUUCACAUUAAUUUUAUCUUUCUAAGUCAAUGAUUUUAUCGAAGGAUUUCGUGUUACAAAUAUAAUCAAUUUGUAAUUAAUUUAAUAUAAAUAAUAUCAUCGUUGAUCGUCAAUUCCGUCAUGUCUUCUGAUCGUCAACGGGAAGAUUCUGAAGAGAAAGAUCAAGGAUCGAAGAAUCCAAUGAUACGACAUAAGAAAUAUAAAACCGGCAUCACGGAUGAUGAGAAAACAUUUGCUGGAUCAUUAUCACAAGAAUCAAUAGAGAAAUUUGUUAAAAUUGAUUCUAGUACUAGCUCCAAGGAUGAUUUUAAGAAAUCAUUUAAAAUAGACAUACCCAAGAAUAAUAAUCCAUCUGACAAUCCACGAUAUUCUUCGGAGAAACCAAUCGUACUUAAUAAGUUGCCAAUCUUCGACGAGGACUCACGUUUUUCGUAAUCAUUAUAAUAAUAUUAUAAUAUUAUAAUAAUGUAUUCAAACUUUUCUUUUCUUUUUUUUUUCUUUUCUUUUCUUUUCUUUUUUUUCUAUUAACAUUCUAAUGAUUCUGAUUAGAGCUUUAGUUGAUCUGUAAUAAUUAUCUGUAAUAAUUAUCUAUUAAUAAAAUAGAUUAUCUUAAUAUCUUUCUGAUCAUUAUUACAUAUAUAUAUAUAUACUUUCUAUUUUUUCUUUUUUUUUUUUUUUCUU